AUGGUUAGAACUGUUACAAAAAUGCCAAUUUUUGUUAUAUCUAAUAACAUCUCUUCAAAAUCUUUUUCUAUGGAUGUUUUAAUUGAUAAUGUUCGAUUUACAGAUGUCCAUUGCCUGAAGAGUGAUAAUGGAGGAGAAGUUGAUGCAUCGACUUCGGCUCAAGAUAUUGAAUACUGGCUUCAAAGAUGUUCAAUAUGUUUUGAUGCUCAGCUCGAUUUCUGUUUGGACAUUUGUAGAGAUCAAUUUUGUAGAGAUUGUUUUCAAAGAUAUGUUAAAGAAGUGGUACAAAAUUCUUGGGGACUUAGUAUCACAAAGAUUAAAUAUUUUAGUGAAAUUGGCAAUAAUCUUCGAAAAUAUUUAGAAACUUAUGUUAAUUGUAAAAUUACUACGAAAGGUAAAAAUUCAAUGUCUAACCCUAAUUCGAAUGACAUUGAAGUUUUCCUUGAACGAUAUCAAAAUGAUUAUAUGUCUUAUGUUUCUGAUGAAAAUGCUAAUAUUGGUGUGAUGGAAAUGUAUGAAUACAUUGCAGAAAAGUUAGGAGAGAGUCUUGGAAUGAAUAAAUCUACGACAAAAUUCACGCGUCGUAAAUUAAAAAUUCAUACAGAAAUGGUUAAAGCAGCAGCAGAAAUUUCAUCAAAAGUUGUAGCAUUGGAAGUUAGACCUGAAGCAUGGAAGGAAUUACAAUUUAUGCACUAG